AUGGUGAAAGGAAAGCAGUACUGGCUGCUGAAAACAGAACCAGGAGAGUGGUCAUGGGAAGACCAAGCGGCAAACGGAGGUGUAACCAAAUGGGAUGGUGUCAAGAACAAGCAAGCCCAGAAACACCUCAAGUCCAUGAAACUAGGCGAUCUCUGCUUCUUCUACCACUCGGGCGCCAGUGCUCGCCGGUUGGUGGGUGUGGUCAGCGUGGUAAAAGAGUGGUACUCAGAGGGCAUUGAUAAAAACAGUGAGGUGGUUGUGGAUGUGAAAGCGGUUGGGGAGAUGAGGAGGCAAGUGGACUUAAAGGACAUGAAACAGGAUGGGGAGUUGAAAGGGUUUGUGAUGUUUAGACAGCCGAGGUUGUCGGUUAUGCCGGUGCCUGAGGAGGUUUGGAAGAGGAUUUGUGAAUUGGGAAAUGGGUUUGAAGGGGAUGGCAUUGGCAAGGAUGGUGGCGAUGACUGAUGAGGAGUAGCAUAUGGGUUAAAGGGGCUAGAAAUGAUCAAGAAUAUGGGUGUUUUUGGUAAAGAGAAAAGAAAGAAGAAAGUGUGCUUGAUUAGAUUGUAGCUAACCAUGUUGAAUUAAUGAAUUAAAUAUGGAUAUGUCCUAUAUGCUUUUUUUGUUUGUUGUAUUUUGGUUUUACGAUAGUAGAAUUCAUACUAUUGUUUUGAUAAGAUUUAGACCAAGAAAUUCCAGUUAGGUGCAAAGGACACAAAAAGAGCAAUUGAGCAGAUAAAUUUGGCUACUAAACAUCCAAUUUCCUACUUUGUUCUGCUACAUUAAAAAUUAUUUUUGAAGUAAUGGUUCGGAUUUGGGCAUAAAAAAUAAUCAUUCGGAAAAAAAUGGGGGGAAAUUUGAGAAGCA